AUGGAAAACGGAGAUUCCCAAGCUGAGGAAUUCGCAGCCAUCUUGUACGCUGAGCCAGGCGCCCUUGGCCUCAUUUCGAACAUCGUGGCUGCCCUGUUGAUAGCCACAGAGAACUGUCUGGAGCCACCAUUUUCUGCCGCUUCUCUUACAAUGUCAGCUGUCAUCCUCUGCGUAUGCGCCGUAACGGUCAACUUCAUCUUGCCUCCCGUGUUGGUAGCUUUGCUGCUGACCCUAAUUUUCGAAGGCGUCGGGGCAUCUUUCGCUUGGGGUCGUAGAGUGGCAGCUGCCUUUGAGCUCUUCAUUGUCAUCACCAGUGUCUACGCUGUGGUUGUCAUGAUGUUGAAAGGUGUCAGUCAAAGGUAUAUUUUGCCGGGCUUUGGCAAUGCCCCAUACGAUCCUCUUCUUAUGAGAGCCGCAGGAGGGCCAGCACCAAAGAAUGAGAAGAAGAAGAUCACCAAAUACUCUGAGCCCAUGGGGAUGGGUUUCCUUGGCAACGUUGUGCCUGCAGCUGUUUUAGCUUUCCAUCAUCUGGGAUUCUUCACGGAUUUUCGUCCAGCAAUAGCCAUGUUUGUUUUCAGCGCCUUUAUGCAAGUCUUGGGAAGUUUCUAUUCCUUCCUGCGGCACGACUUCUUCCAUGCCAUCAGCUUUGUCUUGUACACUACGUUCUGGCACUGCCGAGCCAUUUUACAGUUUCUCAUUUCCAUGAACAUACCCCACAUCCUUGAUUCAAGGGUCAACUUCUAUGGUCAGUGGACAUUGAUUGGCCUUCUCAUUGUUCUGGCUUUGAUCUCCAUAAGUCAUAACAGAGUGGUCUUCCUGUACAACGUUAUGUUUGUGGUCAUGGCUACCCUGUCCGUUGACCACAUCCCAGUGUCGGCACACAACUUCACCUUUGGCGUCACUGCGGCCAUCACCGCCGUGCUCAGUCUCUAUGUGGGCAUGUCGGCGCUGGAGAACUCCAUCGCGGAGAAAGCUGUGAUGUACAUCGGAGCCGAGGUGGUUCACUACGACAAGCUGAAGAACUUCUUUGGCAGCAUUUUUGGAACACUGAAGGAGAAGAAGGAUAAGAAAAAUGAGUAUGAAAACGACGAUGUAAUUGAUGAUAAGAUUGUGGAUUCUAUUGUGUUCACGGGCAGUGCCGUAGCUCUGAUGGCUCUCUCGGCGUCAGAAGCCUCCAAUCCUGUAAGUGGAAUCCGUGUGGUAACAGUCUUCGGAGCCAACCCUCGCUGGAUGAUUCUGGUGACCUCCUUACUUACAGCUAUCGUGUGCCUUUACGGUGCAGCCGCAGAAUACAUCAAUACAUUUCUUGGGGCCUAUGUUGUGCCAGUUGGGGAACCGCUGAUCAGGGAAAAGGUAACAGAGAACGACAAGAAGGAACCUCCGUGUCCACUUUUCAUUUCACGCCGAAGUUCCGCCCUCCAAAAAGUAGCUCGCUUACUGGACAAUGGAUGCGUAGUGGGCGUGCCUACAGAUACCGUGUACGCAUUGGCUGCGUCUUGUAAACAUCCUGAAUCUAUUAGGAAAAUCUACAUGAUCAAAGGACGACCGGCGGAGAAGCCCAUCUGUUUAUGUCUAUCCAAUUUAGACCAGCUGGCCGAAGUCAACCCACCGUUCAGUCCUCUCUUGUGGAACUUCAUGAGACGCUGUUACCCUGGUGGCAUCAGCUGUGUGGUCCCUAAAGGCGAUUGGCUCCUGAGACUGGGUCUGGGAGAUUCCGUCAGCAUUGUGGGAACUGAGAAAAGUAUCUGUAUCCGCGUGCCCGACAGUUCGGUACUAGCCUACCUGGUCAGUGUGUCCGGUCCUGUGGCCCUGUCUUCGGCUAACCCUAGCGGCGGGGACGACAGUACGCACCAUGACAUGGUCAUUGAUUCUCUUGGUGAAAAAUUAGACGGUGUUGUCUGUGAUGGCACGUCAAGAGAACUGGUUGCAUCAACUGUGGUGAACUGUCUAAAGAUCGACGAAGGAAUCAUCACAUACUUCCGUGUUGGCUGCACACCACAAGAAAUAGUCGAUGCCCAUUUCGAGGCUGCUAAAGCAGAAAUGGCUGCUCAAGCCACGACACUGACUAUGAAUGAUAUUCUGUCCAAGUAG